AUGGAUUCCCUAGUGACGACGGUGGUCACUAUUCUAUUGAAAGCCUUCCAGGACCCUUUUGAACCGACGCUGGUGCGGCAACAGGCAACAACCGCUGCGGGUAGCCGAUUGCUUGCAGACCUGCUGGAAGAGGUGUUCCGGCGGUUGAACGGCGUCAUAGUUGUCCAGUUAGCUCAUCCAAAGCAUGGAGCGUACCGACGGCCAAGCAAUAGGGAUGUCUUCUUCGUUGAUGAGUACGAAGCUUUCCAGCUGUUGUAUCGGAAGUUUACGGCACAGGAGUACGGUACCUCCGGACGGGUUUUGGUAGUGCACAGUGGUUUGCUGAACGAAUCCGCUGCCCAGCGUGUGUGUGAUGACUUAUGGAAACUGCGCAUUGUUAAUGCGGUACUGGUUGGGAACACUGACGGCGGAGUUCGGAUGUGGUCCUAUGUUCCGUAUCUGGAGGAAAGCUGUGGUUUAGUUAACUUAGUUGAGCUGAAGAUGUCCGAACAGGGGGACAAAACUAAGACGUUCCAUGGCUGUCGGUUCAGAGUGGGGUCAUUCGAAACUCGACCCUUCACCAUCAGGCAGAGCUUCGGGAACCGGACAUCAUCGAGGAUGAGAGGUUUUGAGGGUGAUUUACUGAACGUGUUGAGGAAAAAGUUAAACUUUGGCGUUACGAUUGUGGAACCGAAAAACGGCGAACAGUGGGGUUAUGCGCUGAAACAGAACAGUACCGGCUUGAUGGGAAUGAUCCAGCGAGAGGAAGUUGAUUUCGGCAUUUCCUGUCUGGGGAUAUCCGUAGCUAGGGCGAAGGUUUUGAAAGCCGGCAUCGCUCACUACACCACGGCACUGGUGCUGGCGGUUCCCCGAGGUCGGCGGUACACUUCCUUCGAGAAGCUGUUUCUUCCACUCAAGACCAAAGUUUGGUUCUUCAUUGCCGUUUUCUUUCUGGGGGCAAUCGUUGCGAUUUCCUUGGUGGAAUAUCGAUAUGAUUACGUGCGGAACUUUGUCUACGGGAGAAGUGUACGUUCUCCCUAUCUGAACUUACUUCAAGUUUUCUUCGGCGUAGCGAUGAUUUUAACGCCGACGCGUAACUUUGCCCGGACGCUUCUCUUUAUGUGGAUGAUUUAUUCUCUGGUGGUGCGAACUUGCUAUCAGGCAGCCUUGUAUCAUUUUCUUCAGAAGAAAUCUACCUUACCGCCGUCGCAGACGUUGGCAGAAAUCGACCAAACCGGUGCACUGUACUACGUGGUCGAAUCGGGAGAACGGUAUUACGAGGCUUUUCCACAUCGUCUUCGCAGCGUUCGACAUCUACCGCAGGAGCACAACAACAUCAUCCGUCGCCUGGAAUGGAUGAUGCGACACCCGCGGGAUAAGGAUGUGGUUCAGGGCGCACUGGACCAUAUCGCCUAUCAUAACCAUCUGUACCGAAGACGUGGUGGUUUCCAGCAGAUCUGUCCGGAGUUCAUUGCCACCUUCACGGUCGCCAUCUACUAUCCGAAGAAAUCCAUACUGACGCCGCAGUUUGACGAACAAAUCCGGCACAUCCAAGCUUCCGGACUGAUGAGCUUCUGGGUUAUUCGAUACGGAGACUAUGACUUCUUCGGGCGACCCAGGAGACGACCCAGACCGAAACAGUUGAACAAUAACUAUCUCUUCUUCGCGUACGAACUGGGAGGAAUCCUGUUGACCGCCAGCGGGGUUGUGUUCGGAUUAGAACUAGCUUCCAAAAAGGUUAGAAUUUUAAGGUUAUUGCUAGAUAGAACACCAAUAAAUAGAAGUUAA